CUUGAAUUGAACCACAUUUAAUCAUUGUCAACAAUAGUUUAAUAUCGAGAAAGAAGUUCACUAUUUCUGAAGAAUGAAGUUUAAUAUAUGUUAUGACAUUGUGUCGUUCUCUGACAUUUCUUAAACAUAUUUGUUUCUCUAUGCUAUGUUGUAGGUCGAAAUACAGAGCGGUAGAUACACCGAAUUCUGAGAUGGUGCGUGUUGUAAUUAAAAACCAGGUUUUUGAAGUAUCCCCUCGUUAUACUGACCUAAAUUAUAUUGGGGAAGGAGCGUAUGGAAUGGUUGUUGAUGCUUUCGACACAGUAAGAGGUGAGAAAGUUGCCAUUAAGAAGACCUCACCAUUCGAACAUCAAACGUUCUGCCAGCGAACAUAUCGGGAGUUGAAGAUUCUUCUUGGAUUUUCUCAUGAAAAUAUAAUUGAUAUCAAAAAUAUUAUACUAGUCGGAAACACAUUAGAGGAUAUGAAGGAUGUUUAUAUCAUUCAAACACUAAUGGAUACUGACUUGUAUAAAUUACUGAAAACACAGGAGUUGUCAGGAGAACAUACUUGCUAUUUUUUGUAUCAAGUACUCCGAGGUCUCAAAUACAUCCAUUCUGCAAAUGUUCUGCACCGUGAUUUAAAACCAUCUAAUUUAUUGCUAAAUGCAAGCUGUGAUCUAAAGAUCUGUGAUUUUGGAUUGGCUCGGGUUAACGAUCCUGAACAUGAUCAUAUGGGGAUGCUCACCGAAUACGUUGCUACACGAUGGUAUAGAGCCCCAGAAAUUAUGCUCAGCUCAAAAAGCUAUACAAAAGCUAUUGAUAUUUGGUCUGUAGGCUGCAUUUUUGGUGAAAUGCUAAAUCGUCGACCAUUGUUCCCCGGGAAACAUUAUGUUGAACAACUAACCCUUAUCUUAGGAGUUUUAGGAUCACCAAGCCGUGAGGAUCAAGUUUGGAUAGUGAAUGAUAAGGCUCGAAGCUUCGUGGAGAAGUUUAAAAAUAAUCCUCGUAAAUCAUGGAAAGAUAUUUAUCCUUCGGCGGAUGCUAAAACAAUCGACCUUCUUGAUCGUUUAUUAACAUUCAAUCCAACCACACGUAUCACCGUUGAAGAAGCCUUAGCUCAUCCUUAUUUUGAACAUUACUAUGAUCCUAGUGAUGAGCCUGUUGCUAAAAAACCAUUCAGUUUUGAAGAAGAAUUAGAUAAUUUACCUGUUAGACAAUUGAAAAAAAUGAUUUUUCAAGAAGUCAGUCAAUUUCGUGAACCAGAUUGAAGUCCUCUAUCGCUUAUAUAUCUAUCUAUCAGAUGUUUCAUAUAUCCUACAAGCUGUUUAUUUGAUUGUUUAUUCAUUUAGUCAAAUGUGUUGUUUACCACUGAUUCGAUUUAGUAAAAUUUGUAAACAUUCCACCAUAUAUAUAUAUAUUCCAGAGACUACUGCUAUGUGAAGAAUGUCCUUUAAAUAAUACACUUGCAUAAUUCCUUCAUCCAACCCCUCUCUCUGUUGCUGUUCCCAUAAUAAAUUACAUCUUUCUUUUUCGUCCAACAGAUAUGUAUUUGUCUCUCUUGCCUGUUGUAUUUCAUGCAUGUUCACGUGUGUUUGUUUGUUUGUUUGUUUUUACGUUUUUCUGUUGGUCGAUUAUGUUGUCAUUUUAUCUUUUAUCGUUUUGUUUAUUUGUUUGUUUGUUUUUCAAAUCAAAAUAAGAGAAUUCAUCAAUUUGACCUAAAACCUUUUUCUCCUAAUAAUAAUAAGGAUAACUUUUUCCUAACCAUAUUCAUCUUGAUGUAAUAAACAAAAAUACCGUUGUGUGAAAAUUGUGCCUUAAUCAAACAGUUAUGUUGUAUUUAUACUAUUGUUCUGUUCAAUCCGUUCCCUAUUGUGAAAAAUCACAUUACCAAACAAUCUAUAUUCAUUCUAUAAAAGAUUCUUUUAUGGAUGUAUUUUGUGUGUAUACAAAAACAGUUAUCAAUUCUAUUGAACGUGUAUUACUCCUUUUAGUCUUGUUUGGUUUUGUAUCAUUAUUUUUCGAUUCUAUUGUUUAUUCUCUAUUAUCAUUGUAGUUCUUCUCUGUGUUCGUUUUGGACAGCUGUGUAUACACUGAUACAUAUAUAUGUUAUACAUAGCUACUUCUUUCACAGUUUGUUUGUUUUAAUUUUUCGAUAUAAACAUUCAUCAACUCGUAUUAUUUCACCAUUUGUCUUUCCGUGACUUCUAUAUGGGGUGGUGGUGGUGGCGGCUCUGCGCCAAGCGUAUUACUUGUGAAUGGGGAAAUUCCUCAUUUGAUCCUUUUAUUUGAGAAAAAUGACUUAUUUAUCUUAUCAGAUCGUUCGGUUAUCCUCUACUUAUCAUCAUCAUCACUUCUCGCAAUUGACUAUCAUAUUUGUGGUUUGUUUUGUAAUUCACUAACUCGUCACCUAAUGUACACAUAAACAAAUCUGUCUUAAUUUUUAUCCUAUCAGCUCCUUUCUUUUUGUUAUUUUUGUUGUCAUCUUCCUUGUUUACUGUCUUUCUUAAUGAGUACAAUUAUCAUCCUUGCUUCGAUGCCCUACAUACACAAACAUUUUUAUAUAUUCUCAUUCUUAUCACAACCAACAAAUAUUGUAUCAUUACACCAUUUUAUAAAGUUGUUUAACUCUUCUGAUGUAUUUAUUUUUGCUGAAUAUACUAACUGUAUUGAU